AUGCCCAUAUGCAAUAAAUGUUCCGUUAAUAUUACUAAAGCAUCCUCCAUACAAUGCAAUGAUUGUGACUUAACAUGGCACGCAAAAUGCCAACAACUCACUAAAGAGGAUAUCGACUACUUAAAAGAAGCCAAUAACAUAUGGCGAUGCAGCAAAUGCGCUAGCGCCAAAAGAGCCUCUUUUAGACUCGAAAAUCCAACCAACAUAGAAAGUAACGAACUACAUGAGAUCAAAGAAAUUAUUUUACAACUCAGGGAUUGCUUUCAAAAUCACAAGGACGAUACAGCCAAAAAUUUUGAAAUUCUGAAUACUAAAUUCAACGCUAUUGAUAAAAUUAUCACAGAAAACCAAGCACUGAAAACACACAUAUCUCAAUUGGAAAAACAGAUUGAAUCCAUAGAACGUCGCCAAAUCGCCAACGACAUUAUCAUUGAUGCUCGACAAAUAUUUAGGAAUUUCUCUAGUAAAUAUAUUGACAUCCAACCGGAUGUACCCAUAUAUAUUAGAGAAAACUUAACAACCAAGGGAAAUAAAUUAUUCAAAGAAGCCAGAGACCUAAAAAAACAGCUUAACUUUCAAUUUGUGUGGACAAAAAACGCCAUAAUCUUCUUACGCAAAAACGAAACAGAUAAGAUAAUACGUGUCGACAGCGAGGACACAAUUCAAAACAUCAAAGGACAAUAUGAAGAUUUAAACUCCUACAACAAAAAUUCGUAA